AUGGACGUGCAACCCGCAUUUUCGUCGGACGCAGGCUCCGACCAUUCCGCCGGCAGUGAAAAGAUCAUGGCUGACCAAGAAUCGUCGGCCGAGACCAUUCUCAGUGUAGGAGCAAAUGAGGUUGAAGGUUACCAGCUGCCGACCAGUGGCUCUCAGUACGACAUGAUUGUGGACCCAGUUCGGACGGAUGAACAAACAACAGCUGAGGACUCUCCGCUUGGUCUUUCAACAAAAGCAGCCUUGGAGGUCGCACACAGACCCUGCACAACAGAUGAUGAAUCUCCGGAGAAGGACGUGGAACAUAACGAUUCUUAUCUCUUCACGCCCGCUGCGCCUACUUGGGCUGAAAUGUUGGAGAACGACACACAUCCCAUCGUCAUUGCGAAGCUCUUCAGCUCGCGAAAAUCUCCAGCCUUCCCUCCAAAUCUGCAGCCUGUCCAGCUGUCGGAUGGUGGCCUUGUUGAAAUCUUCCCGUUGCCAUGUUUCAACGUCGGGGUGUCACAAAAUGAACCGGUGUCUCAGUUCAACGCACCCACGCUUAACACGGAUGCUAUCCCAGUUCUUCAAUACCGUGGAGUGCCCCCGUGCAUUUCUUCUCGAAAAAAUAUUGUUUUUCAUCGGGUAGGCGGAUCUACCGGGGAGGUGUUGGGUGCUUCACAAUUCCGGCCAACCGUGAAAAAAUCUGGUUGGCCAGUUCCAGGCUGGGAGCCCAAUGCGCGCGUAAUCAAAUCGGGUAUCGCUUAA